CAUUUAUUUAAAAAAAAAAACACAAUUUCUUCUUCUUCUCCUUCAAAGAUACCUAUCGCGUUGUGGUGGGUAUUUGAUUUAUAAUCCUUCUUUUGGGGAUAGAGUUAGGGUUAGGGUUUUCGUUUUUCUUCGAUCGAUCUACUGGUUUUAGUGCAGAAUUAUGGGUGCCGAGGGCGAUUCCAGCGAGCCUAAAGUCGGUGGUGAAGGCGAAGAACAAGUGCCGGUCAAUGUCCGGUGCUCAAACGGUUCGAAAUUUACGGUCCGGACGAGCCUCGAGUCCACGGUCGAGGCGUUCAAGGCGUUGCUGGCUCAGAAUUGCGAUGUGCCAGCUGAUCAGCAGAGGUUGAUCUACAAAGGUCGCAUCUUGAAGGACGAUCAAACCCUACUCAGUUACGGUUUGGCGGCAGAUCAUACAGUUCACAUGGUUCGUGGUUUUGCCCCGGCUGCAUCGACACCUACUUCUGGAAGUACAGCUCCUACAGCUCCUAAUACUAAUUCUAAUACUUCCCCAGGCGUUACACGAGGUGUUGGUUCAACUGAAGGUGCAGGGCUUGAUAAUCUUCUUGGGUCGUCUCUAUUCCCUGGAUUGGGUUUGAACCCACUUAGUGCUGGUAAUGGUGGUGCAGCUGGUUUGUUUGGAGCUGGGCUUCCUGAAUUUGAACAAGUGCAGCAACAACUGACCCAGAACCCGAACAUGAUGAGGGAAAUAAUGAACAUGCCUGCCAUUCAGAGCCUAAUGAAUAACCCUGACUUAAUGCGAAGCCUGAUUAUGAGCAAUCCGCAGAUGCGUGAGAUAAUUGAUAGGAAUCCUGAGCUUGCACAUAUACUCAAUGACCCCGGGAUUCUCCGUCAGACAUUGGAAGCUGCUAGGAACCCUGAGCUCAUGCGUGAGAUGAUGAGAAACACUGACAGGGCAAUGAGUAAUAUUGAAUCUUCUCCUGAGGGAUUUAAUAUGCUCAGGCGUAUGUAUGAGAAUGUUCAGGAGCCGUUUCUUAAUGCGACAACAAUGACUGGGAACGCUGGGAAUGAUUUGGGCUCAAAUCCAUUUGCUGCUCUCUUGGGGAACCAAGGUGGGGCACAAGUUAGGGAUGGGGCUAACAAUCCUUCAGGCACGGGUGCUCAAACAACUACGGGUCAAGCUGCUCCAAAUACAAACCCACUGCCUAAUCCUUGGAGCAAUACUACUGGUGGAGGGACCCAGACAAACACUGCUAGACCAAAUCGUAGUGGCGAUGCUAGGCCACCUAGCGUUGCUGGUCUGGGCGGGCUUGGUCUCCCCAAUAUGGACCAGAUGCUCUCUGCAAUGCCCGACGUUUCUCAAAUGAAUCAGCUUUUACAAAAUCCAGCUAUAUCGCAGAUGAUGCAAAGCUUGCUAUCUAAUCCCCAAUAUAUGAAUCAGAUUCUAAGUCUCAAUCCGCAACUGCGCGGCAUGGUUGAUUUGAAUCCUCAACUUAGAGAAAUGAUGCAAAAUCCAGAACUUCUUCGUCAGUUGACAAAUCCAGAGACAUUGCAGCAGUCACUUCUACCUCAGCUCAAUAGACAACAAUCAACCCAGGAUUCAGCCCAGACUGGUGCCAAUACAGGUACACCUAAUAAUACUGGGCUGGAGUUGCUGAUGAACAUGUUUGGUGGUCUUGGAGCUGGCAGCUUUGCAGUACCAAACAACCCAGAUGUUCCGCCGGAAGAACUUUACGCAACUCAGCUGUCACAGCUUCAGGAAAUGGGUUUCUUCGACACCCAAGAGAAUAUCAGGGCAUUGCGUGCGACUUCGGGGAAUGUCCACGCUGCUGUGGAACGGCUUUUAGGAAAUCAUGGGCAAUAAACCCUGCUUGGUGGUUCUCUCUCUCUCUUUCUUUU